AUGCAGCUUAACAAAAUUCUUUUCGCUCUCUACUCAGCUACUGCGACACUUGCUGCUGUCAACGAACCUUGUUAUGGCCCUGAAGGGAAAGCCGGAGUCUGCAUAACUGCCAGCAGCUGUACGUCCAACGGCGGGACAACAAUCAAUGGUGCCUGUCCUGCAGACCCAGCUACGGUCAAAUGCUGCUACAAAGUGCCUUGUGGUGCAGCUGGAAACUGUCGUUGGACCAGCGAUUGUGCCAGCUCGUCUACCUCCGGCCAGUGCCCAGGACCUAGCGAUUUCAAGUGUUGCCAAUCGAGCGCCAAUGGUUUUGGUGGAUAUCGUAACCCGCCAACGUUUCACUCGGGCGGCUGCACUAAAGUCGCCAUGGAUGGCGCAAAAAUAAUUACUGCCGCGUUCCCCGGGAGGGUGCGUGAGGUGGGCUGCAAACGUGACUCUGGCAAAACUUCAGACCAUUCUGACGGCAAAGCUACCGACCUGAUGUGUUCUGAUAUCACUGAAAAGUCUUCUCUGUCGGGUAAAGAAAUUGCGGAGUGGGUGAUGAAUAACCGCCAGAGACUCAAUUUGAAGUAUGUUAUCUGGGGCCAGAGAAUUUGGAACCCCAAAGAAGACUUGGUCAAACCUUGGUCAAGCUGGAGAUCAAUGUCAGACCGCGGUAACGUUAGAGAGAACCAUUGUCUGAAGCGCAUUUACUGA